AUGUUUCGAGACAGAACAAACCUGUAUAUUUCCUAUCGGCAAUCGUUCCCGAGGUCGACCCGACAGCUUCUAGCAACACAUGCGUCCGAUGAGGAGGAACAGGGACUAAUCGCCAACUCAGACAACACCGGUGGAGCCGAUGAGAUUGAGCUUGCCCAUAUGGGCAACUCACUGGCCAAAACCAUCUCAGACGACGUCCACGGCAUUUUGAGCGAAAUCAAGGUCAAGGUCAAUCGACUGGAGGUUCUCCACCGGAAAAACUCGCUCCCUGGCUUCGAUGACCGAAGUGGUGAAGAAAAGCUCAUCUCAGAUAUCACCUACGACAUCACCCAGGACCUGCACCACUGCCAGGGCAUGCUGAAGAAGCUGGACCGACAAUCCGGCGAUCCUGUCCAGGACAAGAUGCAAAUGAACGCCAAAAUCGCCCUUGCCACCAAGAUUCAGGAUGCGUCCACAGUGUUCCGAAAACUGCAGAGUAAUUAUCUCAAGGCUCUCAAACGAAACGAGGGCAGCAUGGACCCCAUUUUCCAGUCGACCACUUCCAGUAACACCCACGACGAAGAUGUUUCCUUGUCGCAGAAGGCACUUCAGCAAUCUCAACAGCUCAUUGAAGAGGACGACCAGAGCACCCAGAACCAUCAUAUCCGACAACGAGAACGGGAGAUUGCGCAGAUUGCAGAGGGUAUCAUCGAGCUGGCAGAGAUCUUCAAAGACCUGCAGACUAUGGUCAUUGACCAGGGAACCCUGCUGGAUCGAAUCGAUUACAACAUUGAAAACAUGGCUGUUAACGUGAAACAGGCAGAUAAGGAGUUGGUCCAGGGAGCGGUGUAUCAGAAGCGAUCCAACAAGUGCAAGAUCAUUCUGCUUCUUACACUUGUGGUUGUGGGUCUCUUGAUCGUGGUAAUUGCCAAACCAAGAUCCCAUACUGUCUACGUGGAGCCUGUGGCUGGCAAACCGGCCCCAGCCCCUCCAGCUAAUGACAAGCCUGCUACUGGAGGCGACAACAAGAACAACAAUAAUGAUAGACCUGUAGACGAGCCCGAGAAGGGUUCUCAAAAUCCCCAAGAUGAUGGUGCAGAUUCUAGACCCGUCGUUUCUCACGCCCUGUUAUGA